UUAAUUUACAAAACGAUACGAUGAAGUUGCUAGGAUUACUGGCGUUACUUCUUGUGGCAUCAGUGUACGCUGAUGAUGAAGACGAUGGUCUUGCAAAGGAUUGUGACCCUGAAGUCUGUGUUCUACCCAACUGCAGAUGUUCGAGCACAAACAUUCCCGGAGGAUUAAGUCCAAGAGAUACGCCUCAGUUCGUCUCCGUGACUUUCGAUGACGCCGUCAACGUCGUUAACAUCUUGGACUACCGUGAGCUUCUCUACAACCGUAAGAACAAGAACGGCUGUCCCGCUGGAGCCACCUUCUUCGUCAGCCACGAGUACACCAACUACCAACACGUCAACGAGUUGUACAACAAUGGAUUUGAGAUCGCUCUUCACUCAAUCUCUCAUCAAACACCUCCUGCUUACUGGGCGGAGGCCACCGAAGAAAUCUUAGAAAAGGAAAUUGGAGAGCAAAGAAUUCUUAUGUCUCACUUCGCAAACAUUCCUUUUACUUCUAUCAAGGGUGUCCGUAUGCCUUUCCUUCAGCUGGCUGGUGACAAUAGCUUCAAAGUAAUGGCCAAAAACAACUUGCUGUAUGACCUGUCUUGGCCCACUGUUGCCCACACCAACCCUGGUCUGUGGCCUUACUCCCUGGAUUAUAAAUCAACCCACGACUGCAUCAUUGGACCCUGCCCUACCGCCUCUAUUCCUAACGUGUGGGUCUUCCCCAUGGUGUCUUGGACUGACCUGGCUGGAUUCCCCUGUUCUAUGGUUGACGCUUGCUUCCAACCUCCUGCUGAUGAUGAUGAAGAAGGAUGGUUGCGGUUCAUCCUGACCAACUUUGAGAGGCAUUACUUCGGUAACAGAGCUCCAUUCGGUUUCUACGCUCACCAGCCCUUGAUCAGCCAAGAAAAGCCGGCUAUCCGCAGGGCCUUCAGUAGGUUCCUUGACAUUAUCAACAAUUUGGAUGAUGUUUUCAUGGUCAACGCUGAACAAGUCAUCGACUGGGUAAAGAACCCGGUACCCGUCGACGAGUACAAGAAACAGAGCUGCUACCAUUUCGUUCCCAGCCUUUGCCCUCAAUUCAGCUGUGGAAACCUCCAGUCAAGUCAUAAUCCCACUAACGCCUACUGGAUGCAGACCUGCAAUGUUUGCCCGGCCACGUACCCAUGGGUCAACAACCCUCUUGGACAGUAAUUAGGAACGAACUUGUUACGAUUGUGUUAAAGAUAAUAUAUUCUUAUGUUUAAUUCA